AUGGCAUUUACAGACAUAAAGGGAGGCCACCCGAGGGUCAACCUGCGAUACUAUCCUUUAUAUUACUCCGUCGCCUCGGAGAUUCAGUUCCCCAGCGACCCUGCACUCUUCUUCCUGGAGAAGGACUUGCAUCCCGGCCAAAGCUUCAUCAACACCAUCUUCGGCGCCGCCUUCCUUUCUCGUGCUGAAGUCGACACCGUGCCUUUCUCCUCCGACAAGCUUUCUGAGAUACUACACCGCUUGAAUGUUCUUCCCGGUUCCGACUUAGCCAAGGAAGUAAAGAAAAAGCUCAGCGACUGCGAGGCGGCUGCCUCGGAGGGAGAGCACAAGUUCUGCGCCACCUCACUGGAAUCUAUGGUCGACUUUGCGGUCUCCAAGCUAGAGACGCAUGACCUUCAGGCUACGGGCUUCGAGUUGAUUCGCUGCCCCCACGAGGCCUUCCCAUACGCUGUGUAUUAUUGCGACUUGACCCGGGCUACCAAAGCCUUUGUCGUCACGCUGGUAGGUGAGGACGGGACGACCGCGGAGGCGGUGGCCGCAUGCCACUGUCACACAUUCGGAUGGAGGUCCGUGUUCUUCAAGGUGCUUGGCGUGAAGCCUGGAACUCCCAUCUGCCACUUCCACAAGACCACCUCGUCUGGAGACCGGUUCACAACGUUGCGUUGCACUACCAGUUAGUAGUGUUUGCUCUACUACAUGCGACAUUUAUCUGUUGUCAUUCGCAUUGAAGCUAGGAUUAUGAAUGUUAUGCUAUCCUCAUAGUAUUAUUAAUGCACUAGGAAAAUAAUUGCGUGGGCAUGU